CCUCUCUUUCACUCUUUUUAACAUAAUUCUUCUUCUUCUUCUUCACCUAAUACUUUAAACUUCCAUUUUUAUUUGCAGCACAGAAAGUUAAUAGAGGAAGAAAAUGUCAAAGAAUCAAUCACAUUUCAUGAAGGUCGAGACACAUGUUCUUAAAGUACACAUGAAUUGUCAAGGUUGCCUGCAGAAAGUAAGAAAACUUCUCAAAAGGAUCGAAGGUGUUUAUAAGGUAAACAUAAAUUCUGAACAACAAAAGGUCACGGUCACAGGCAGUGUGGAUUCAACCAUUUUGAUAAAGAAGCUUCUCAAAUUAGGCAAGCAUGCUGAACUUUGGUCUUCAACUUCCAAACAAGAUGAAGCUGAAGAAGCAAACCUAAGAAAAAACAUAGACAACCAAAUGAAAGAUGCAACAGAACCCUUCUAUAGCCUCCAAAAUCAGUAUAUGCUCCCAAUAUUUGAUAGAGUAUUCAAUAAUCGGUCGCUAUUUGAACGUUACCUCGAUCAAGAAAGUGGCAUGUCAAGCAGUUUCCGAUAUCAUCCAGUCACUACAGCUGCAGCACAGAAGGCAAGAGCUUACUGGGAGAAUGAAAAGCUAGGAAACCAGAUGAUAUCCGUGGCUCAUAAUGUAGGUAUUCAAGGCGAUCAGUUUGACGGUGUUCCAGAUGGCGCAUAUGUUCAAGACUACCGAUUUGGCAUCUUUCCAGAUUUCCCUUAUGCUUGA